UCUCCCCCGCGCCGGCCGCAGCCCCGCCGCCGCCGGAGCCGCUCUCUGAGCCCCCAUUUCGGAGCCUCCGCUGUCGCUGCUCGCCCCGCGCUUCCCUCCAGGCCGCCCUCUUCUCUGGACGAUGGCGCGCGGCGGCCGCGGUCGCCGCCUGGAGCUCGCUCUGGGGCUGCUGCUGGCGCUGGCGCUGGCGCCCCGGGCGCUGCGAGCCAAGCCCACGGUGCGCAAGGAGCGCGUGGUGCGGCCCGACACGGAGCUGGGCGAGCGCCCGCCGGAGGACAACCAGAGCUUUCAGUAUGACCAUGAGGCCUUCCUGGGCAAGGAGGACUCCAAGACCUUCGAUCAGCUCACUCCGAACGAAAGCCAGGAGAGGCUGGGGAAGAUUGUUGAUCGAAUAGACAAUGAUGGGGAUGGCUUUGUCACCACGGAGGAACUGAAAACCUGGAUCAAGCGGGUGCAGAAACGAUACAUCUACGAUAAUGUCGCUAAAGUCUGGAAGGAUUAUGAUCGGGACAAAGAUGAUAAAAUUUCCUGGGAAGAAUACAAACAAGCCACCUAUGGUUACUACCUAGGAAACCCUGCAGAGUUUCACGAUAGUUCAGAUCAUCACACCUUCAAGAAGAUGCUGCCACGUGACGAGAGAAGGUUCAAGGCGGCAGACCUGGAUGGUGACCAGACAGCCACUCGGGAGGAGUUCACGGCCUUUCUGCACCCUGAGGAGUUUGAGCAUAUGAAGGAAAUUGUGGUUUUGGAAACUCUGGAGGACAUCGACAAGAAUGGGGAUGGGUUCGUGGAUCAGGAUGAGUAUAUUGCUGAUAUGUUUUCCCAUGAGGACAAUGGCCCAGAGCCAGACUGGGUUUUGUCAGAACGGGAGCAGUUUAAUGAAUUCCGAGAUCUGAACAAGGAUGGAAAGUUGGACAAAGAUGAGAUUCGCCAUUGGAUCCUUCCUCAAGAUUAUGACCAUGCGCAGGCCGAGGCCAGGCACUUGGUGUAUGAAUCGGACAAAAACAAGGAUGAGAAGCUAACGAAAGAGGAGAUACUGGAGAACUGGAACAUGUUUGUUGGAAGCCAAGCUACCAAUUAUGGGGAAGAUCUCACAAAAAAUCAUGAUGAACUUUGAUACACACUCAUCAUAGCAUGGCAGACUGUUGUUGGCCUUCUUACUGUCUUGGAUGGUUGCUGCAAUUGUCUAAUUAACACCAGUUGUGUCUCAAAAAAAGAAAAAACAAUUUUAUUACCUCGGAUUGGGGUAAAAAUUGUUUUUCUCUCAAGUAUUUACUGGAAAAUAGUCAUCGCUAUUCUUUCAGUAAAGUUUUUUUCUCAAAAUGCAUUAAAAAUCUUGCAAUUCUCUGUGGGAAUACAUUGCUAAAACAUGAUCAUUUUCAGGUUUUUUCCAUGAAGUUUAAACUACAAGGAACUAAAACUUGAAAAAGCCCUGUUACUCAGAAGCUGGGUGGGUGGGGGUGGGAGGGGGCAUUAUAUGGAAUGACUGAUACGUAUUUUAAUUGCCAGUGUUUUUACAUUUGCCACUGUUAAAUAGUUGGUGAGGGAGGGGAAAUUCUGGUUUUCUAGGUAGGCUUCUUUCAGAGCAAGUCUGUAAUUUCAGAUUCUUCCAUUUUUGAGUUUGUACUCUGAGCUGUUACUGUAAAUGGCAUAUAAAACCUCUGCAUUUUCCCACAUGGACCUGCUAAUGUGCACAACAAACCUAUAUCUUUUUUGUUUUUUACAAUAAGAAGCAAUCAAGAAAGAUAAUGUGAAAAAGAAAUGAAUUUUAGAGAUAGAGAAAAGAUGAAUGUCAGAUAUUUGAAGAACCAUAGGAAAACGGCAAACACUUUAAAUAUACUUGAGAAAAUGUUCUUGACAUGUCAGUGAGGGAGCUGGAGAUCUUGUCUUUGGUCACCUGUUGGAAUGAGGCUGUGGGGCACUAGCAUAAUGGCAGCCUCGUGGAUUGCUGGAAGUGGCCCAUCCUAAUCUAGGGGAAUCCACAGCCGUCAGACUUGCGUCCAGGACAGUUUACAUUGUGGCAUAAGGAGAAGGUGAUGUUCCAAGCCAGUGACUGGUAGAAAUCUCACCGUUUAAGUAGGAAGUGAAUGAAAUAAAGUAUCCUAUCCAGGA